UUAAUCACACAAGAGCGCUGCUGAGAAGAGCCCAAAGAAGACGCGCUGUUAAUGGCCGCUUCCAUGUUGUGAAUGUGAAGACUGAAAAUUGUAGAAUUUUAUCUAACUGCUCAACUGCUCAUCGAGAUCAUAAUCGAAAUCAUACACCACAACGUGUUUUGCUGUACAGACCCCCACAGCUGUUGCUGUCCAGUUUGGCAUCCGCUGUCACUUCCUCCCAAAUGAAGGACGGUAAGGAGAACUCUACCGCCACUGCUGGAAGUUUUACCACAAAUCUGGACCACACAAAGCCAUGCUGGUACUGGGACAAGAAGGAUCUGGCCCACACGCCGUCCCAGUCCGAUGGGCUUGAUCCCGCCACAGAAGCCCGCUACAGACGAGAGGGAGCCCGCUUCAUAUUCGACGUCGGGACACGUCUGGGACUACAUUAUGACACUCUGGCAACUGGAAUAACAUACUUUCAUCGGUUUUACAUGUUUCAUUCAUUCAAACAGUUUCCCAGAUAUGUGACUGGGGCUUGUUGUCUUUUCCUGGCUGGCAAAGUGGAAGAAACCCCCAAGAAGUGUAAAGACAUCAUUAAAACGGCUCGGAGUCUGCUUAAUGAUGUGCAGUUCGCACAGUUUGGAGAUGAUCCAAAGGAAGAGGUCAUGGUCCUGGAAAGAAUUUUACUCCAGACAAUCAAGUUUGAUUUACAACUUGAGCACCCCUACCAGUUUCUGCUGCGCUAUGCUAAACAGCUCAAAGGUGACAAGAACAAAGUUCAGAAGCUUGUGCAGAUGGCGUGGACCUUUGUCAAUGACAGCCUCUGCACAAUGUUGUCCCUUCAGUGGGAGCCAGAGAUCAUAGCGGUGGCGGUCAUGUACCUCGCUGGGCGGCUGUGUAAGUUUGACAUUCAGGAGUGGACGUCUAAGCAGUCGUCUCGCCGCUGGUGGGAGCAGUUUGUCCAAGAUGUGCCGGUGGAGCUGCUGGAGGACAUCUGCCACCAGAUUCUGGAUUUGUACUCUCAGGGCAAGCAGCCGAUACCCCAGCAGCCUCAAAUACUGGAGAAAGAGAAACCGCCCCCCCCUCCUGCUGCCCUGCCCGGCCAGAACCCACCAGCUCAACCUCCCUCCAAAAAAAACUCCCCCCAGGCCAGCCCACCUGCCAAGAUUAAACGCCAACAUGUCUCUCCUAAAGAUGAUCCUAAAGCCCCACCAGAGCAAGUUGGGUCUAAGAUACCACGCCUGGAGAGCCCUAUGCCCCCUCUCCCUGUGUCCCAACCCCCAGACCGCAAGGCUCCGUCUGUGAUCCCAGCUCCUCCCGCUGAAGCAGAACCGGCCACAUCAGCUGACAUGGAUCCAGCACAGGGCCCGGCUCCUCCCCUGCCCCACGGGGCCCCGCCCCCCCUACCUCACCGCCCGCCCCCCCCUCCUCCCUCCAGCUAUAUCAUGGGAAUGUCCACGUCCAGUUCGUACAUGUCGGGCGAGGGAUUUCAGAGUCUGCAGUCCAUGAUGAAGACUGAAGCGCCCUCUUAUGCACCCAUGCCCCCGUCGUUCGGCCUGCCGUACCACCAUGUCUAUCCACAUGCAAACCCCCCGCCUCCCGGUCCUCCGCCCCCAAACUCUUACCCUCCUCCCAAUCUGCCCCCACCCACCCCAUCUUACCCCCCUCCAGGCUACAACCCCAGCUACCCCCCUCCGCCCCCGCGUAUGCCACCAGGGCACAAUGUGCCCCCUCCGGUGAUGGGCUUACCACCCGCUGGGUACCCACCUCCACCCGGCCAGCCUCAGGUGCCCCUGCCGCCCCACGGCAUGCCGCCUGUGGCAGGAAUGAACAGAGGGGCGUGGAUGAGAUGAGGUGUGAUUAAAUCAGUCAUGUGCCUGUACACAGUCUGUCCUGGGUUUAUGUGUUUUCUGAUGCAGGUUUCACAGGAAGGUACAGACAUAUUUCAGCUGCAGAGAUCAGCGCUGGUUGAAUUGGGGUGUCUGGGAGUCCAUGAAAUACCACAGACUUCUGCUUGGGUCCAGGGUUUCACCGUUCUGUGGACUUUAAAUCCACUGAUGCGAUUUGAAGGGAUAGUUCACCCCGGAUUAAAAAAACUGAUGUGUUGACUCUCCCUCAUGUUGUUCUAAACUUUUCCAUACAGUUUCACGUUGGCCAUGGUUGGUCAAUCUACAAAAUGGACCGUACAACUUGAUGUUUUUGAGGUCUUAUGAAUAAAGCGGUUUUCAUCUUUUUUCAAAAUUAUUACGUGGUUUCUGAUCUCAAGUAGCAAGGAUUAUUUCAUAUUGUUUGUUCUGGUCAAUAUGAAUGGUUUAAACGUGAAGAG